AUGUCGCAAGUCAUAGGCAAGACGCGCCUCGCCUACGCACGCUCCUGGCACCACCUCGACAUCGGCAGCGACCCACGCGCUCUCGGCCGCGUCGCUUCCUCCAUAGCCCUGACACUCAUGGGCAAGCACAAACCCAUCUUCGACCCCUCCACCGACUGCGGCGACUACGUCGUCGCCACAAACUGCGCCCAGCUCCACACCACCGGCAAAAAGCGCUCCCAGAAACUCUACCGCACGCACAACACCCGCCCUGGCUCCUUAAAAGAACUUUCAAUGGACAAGCUCAUGGCGAAAUGGGGCGGCGGAGAGGUGCUGAGGAAGGCGGUGAGCGGCAUGUUGCCGAAGAAUAGGCUGAGGAAGGAGAGGCUGGCGCGGUUGAAGACUUUUGAGGGGAGGGCGCAUCCGUAUGGGGAGAAUUUGAUCAAGGUGGAGAAUGGAGGCGGGCAGAGUAUAGUGGAGCAUCAGGAUAUUAAGACGACGUUUGCGCGGGCGAGGGAGACACAGGAUGAUGCCGCGCCGGCUUCAUGA